AUGGCUUUUCUCAUUCUCGUCAUAGGGGACCUCCAUAUCCCCGAUAGGGCGCUUGACAUUCCCGCCAAGUUUAAGAAGCUCCUCUCCCCCGGAAAGAUCAGCCAGACGCUUUGCCUCGGAAACUUGACCGAUAAGCACACGUACGAGUACCUGCGAUCCGUCUCUCCCGACCUCAAGAUCGUGAAAGGCCGCUAUGACGUCGAGGCUACCUCCCUCCCAUUGACCCAGGUCGUUACACACGGAAGCCUCCGUAUUGGAUUCCUUGAGGGAUUCACACUUGUCUCCAAUGAGCCCGAUCUUCUUCUGGCUGAGGCGAACAAAUUGGAUGUGGAUGUCCUAUGCUGGGGUGGUACUCACCGCUUUGACGCCUUCGAGUAUAUGGACAAGUUCUUCGUAAACCCAGGCAGUGCAACUGGCGCAUUUAUGGAGGGAUGGAACCAAGAGGGCGAAGAGCCUACGCCAAGCUUCUGUCUGAUGGAUGUCCAAGGAAUCUCACUCACCCUAUACGUCUACCAAUUACGAAAGGACGAUAAGGGCAACGAGAACGUGGCGGUUGAGAAAGUGACAUACACGAAACCGGUUGAACCUUCGGCGGGUGGAUCAUCAUGA